UGCGCCCAGUCGCUUGGAGACUUCUGGAACUAGUGUUCUCGAGUCUCUGUUAAGGGCACAGUUUGUUCAUCUGUCAGACUCGUUUUAGUCCCGAAUUGAAGAAGACUACAACAUGCCGCGUGGAAGCCGCAGCGUUCCUGCCCGAACUUCUCCGAGUCAUAGCCCUGCACCUUCUCAUGCUCCUGCCCCUGCACCCCCAUCUGCUGUGUCUGCUGCCCCUGCCCCAUCCCAGGGACCUGGACUUAUGGCUCAGAUGGCCACUACUGCAGCUGGGGUGGCUGUAGGUUCAGCAGUGGGACAUGUUAUCGGAGGAGCGCUCACUGGUGCUUUUAGUGGAGGAAGCUCAGAGCCAGCCAAACCAGCUGCACAGGAAACACAAAAGGCCCCAGCUUUCACUUCCCAGCCCCAGCCCCAGUCCCAGUUUGGCCCAUGUCACUAUGAAAUGAAGCAGUUCCUGGACUGUGCUACCACACAGAGUGACCUGACCCUGUGUGAGGGCUUUAGUGAGGCACUUAAGCAGUGCAAAUACAACCAUGGUGUCUCAUCCCUCUUGUGACAUCGAUUAGCAUUUGGAUACUUUAACUAGGUGCAAGAGUUCAUCACUACAGUUUUGUGUUUGUUACAGGACCAGACAUGUCACACAGCUUCUUGGUUUGUUCUGAAACAGAGCUUGUAAUAAAUAUAGAUGCAUAUGUAUUUUAAUUAAA